ACCGCUUUGACCAAGGACGAGAUAUGGCAGCGCCCAGCAGGAAGGUGUUCGAGGUUUUCGUGUCAAAAAUUCCCUGGACUGUCGCUUCGAAGGAGGUGAGGGAGUAUUUCGGGCAGUUCGGCCAUGUGAAGAAAUGCCUCCUGCCUUUCGACAAAGAGACUGGGUUUCAUAGAGGCUUCUGCUGGAUUGGCUUCUCUUCUGAGGAAGGUCUGCAGAAUGCUCUUCAGAAGGAUCCUCACCUUAUUGAGGGAACCAAGCUCCAGGUACAAAGAAACAGAAAGCCAUUCAUGGGUAGAAGAGCAAAUAAAGAAGAAGAAAGCUGAAUCGCUUUAAUGGCUGUGGAGAUGAUUUAAUGUCUUUUUUUCGUAUUGUUCAGUAUUACUGUUCUGUAAUAUAUGUCCAAACAUUUGGUGAUAUGUGAAAGGAAAAUCUGGUGUUCAUCAUAACUGUAAAAUAAAUGUGUUAUUGACAAGUGUCUUGUA